UCUUCUCGUCAUCGUCAGUCUUGUCAUCAUUGGUACGGUCUAUGAGCUAUUUCUCAAGAUGUUCAAAGAAACGAACUUCUGUUUUACAAAAAACAAACAGGUUAUGGUACCAAACAUGAACGCAUCCUCUGAAGUACUCUGUGAAAGUAAACAAUAUCCAGGAUCUACAAAUAAAGUGAGACUUGUACUGACAGCAUUAUCGUUGAAGUGCAACGCACAAAAACUGCUCAACACAUCCAGAUCAGAAGAGUCUAUUGAUGUGUUGCAUGGGAUUCGGGUUUUAACUAUUUUUUGGAUUAUCACUGGACAUUCCUGCUCUUUUGCCCUUCGCUGGCUAUUCUUUAGAAGUUCUAUAGGCAUUGGAAGUGUAUCUCAAUCGCUCUGGAUCCAGCCAUUAGUGAACGGAACCUUGUCUGUGGACACGUUUUUCUUUCUCAGUGGUUUCCUGGUAACGUUCCUGACAUUAAAGAAAUUGAAAAAAUCAGAAGGAAAAUUUCACUUAGGUCUAUUUUACUUUCAUCGUUACUGGCGCAUGACACCCUUGAUGAUGGUUCUCAUUGCUUUUUCUGCGGUGAUCCUACGUUACGUAUUCGAAGGUCCUGCUUGGCUUGAUACUAUUAUCAUGUAUGAUGCUUGGUGCAGGAAAAAUUGGUGGUUGAACGCCCUCUACCUUCAGAAUUUUAUUGACACUAGCAACAUGUGUUUGAGCCAUUCUUGGUAUUCAGCUGUGGACUUUCAGUUUUACCUUGUGUCGCCGAUAAUUAUUUAUCCAUUGUACAGGGAUAUACGAUGGGGACUUCCGAUUUUACUAGGAUUCUUUGUGUUGACUUCAGUGGUAACUGGUGUUAUUACAGGAUCCCAACACUUACCCCCUGUUCCUUUACUGACCAAAGCCAUCCCUGAAUCUGUGAUGAACAACUACUCUUCAAUGGUUUACAUAAAACCAUAUUGCAGAAUGGGUCCUUUCCUAGUGGGGGUGACACUGGGUUACAUAUUAUACUGUAAUGGAGGAAAAAUGAUCUUGAAAAAGAGGUAUGUAAUACUCGGCUGGUUCCUAGCAUUUUUGUGUAGUGUCUUGGCUCUUUAUGGGAUGUGGCCAGCUUACGAAGGACAGCUUCCAAACAACUUGGCUUCUGCUAUGUACAGCGCUUUAGCACGAACAGCUUGGGCGAUAGGGCUUGCCUGGCUGACAUUUGCCUGUACAGCAGGUUAUGGAGGUUUUAUCACAACUUUGUUGUCGUGGAGAGGAUUUGUUCCUUUAAGUCGCCUGACAUAUUCUGCGUAUCUAAUCCAUCCCGUUGCCAUGGCAGCUCUUUAUGGAGAACAAGAACUAACAGUUGACGCAACUUUCGGCUUUAUGAUGUACCUGAUCUUCGGUAACCUAGUCUUCACUUUUAUAUUAGCUUUUAUUUUGUCACUGUUCUUCGAAUUUCCAUUUGCUGGACUGGAAAACGUCAUACUGAAGAGAGACAAAUGAAAAUUACCGAAACAAUGAACAUAAGAAGACAACCGAUCAGUUGAACAAUGUUACAAACGGUGCAGUUUUAAAGAAGUCAAAACCGACAAAAUUGUGAUGGUAACAUACUGAUACGUUAGUGUUUGUCGUGUUUCUUUUUAUAAUUUUGGAACUAUUUAAGUACUUUUUUGUUACAUAUAUCAGUUUAACCAAUUGCGGCCAGUGUUAAAAACGAGUGUCAUUUUUUAUUAGAAGAUUGGAUGGUUGAAUUCGAAGUAUUUAUGAAAAAUCGAAAAAAAAUGCUCACGAUGUUUUACCAACCUGCACAACUUGAACUGUAAAGUAAAUAGAAAAAAAAAGUGGUUUCAAGUUUACUUGAACCAAAAAACCAAUGCCUACAAAUUACGGUGUUAGGUAUUAAUUUUUAACUUUUAUAUAUCUUUUGUUAGAUUUCUAGAGUGCUAAGUAUAUUUCUCGGUUUUAUCGUGCAGGAUAUCAUCCAAUAGACAAGUACUCUUUUAACGUAAGCAGCUUUCAAUUACCGAGUUCCUUUAACAUCAAAAUAACCUGUCGACAAGAUGGGUUCUUAAACACCAUAAUACAUUUGUUUUUUUGUAGUUAAGCACAAAGCUACACAAUGGGCUAUCUGCGCUGUGCCCACCACGAGUAUAGAAACUGUUUCUAGCGUUGCAAGUCCGCAGAGUUACCGCUAAGCCACUGGAGGGUACCGCAAUACAAAGAGAAAGAAAGCUAUAAAUAUUAUAUCGAAAAUAUCACUUUGCGGAGAAUUUUAACAGAACUAUCCACUGAGGUUCAGUUCUGAUUUAUAGACAAUAAAUAACCAGAUCCUUGAGUUCACUCAGCAGAAGCAAAUAACAAUAUCAAACUGACCUGCUAGAGAAGCGAAUUGUGUUUUUCAGAUGAACUAACUCCAGAAUGUCUGGCCAUUAUAACCUAGAGAUGAACUAAGUGGGUAUUUCCAUUAACCUUCUCAAAGUUUAAUGUAUCUCACUUUAUUAACCAUUACAUGUACUAAGUGUCAAAUUCCCCUAAUUUUUAAUGUUAAUUAGUUAAAAGCGACAGACAUGUACAAUACUGUAAAUUGCAUCAACAUUAAAUCAUUACAACUAUGAUGACAGCUUAGGACUGACUUCAUCAUCGAUUGAUUCAGAACACAACUGAAAUUUCCACCCUUCUUAUUAUGCUGCGAAAUUUGCAGUAACAACUAAUAACGAUCUCUUAUAAAUUUGGGUGUUACAUUAAAAGCUUAAUUAAACAUUAAAAAUAUACACCCUAAAUUCUGUUUUCGUAACUUUAGUUUUAAAUUAACAAAGGUAGCAAUAUUUUAUUUGAACAAGGGAUUUUUCAAAACAAACAACUGAUCUAAAGUUAAGCAAAUAUUUAUUUUUAUAGUGUUUUUUAUUGAUGUCAGCUAAACUUUUUCCUUCAUAUUAUACAAAGAUUGUUUUACAUUUAAAAAAAUUAAACCAAACUUAUUUUCAAGCCUCGACAUACAAUAAAGAUUAUUUCGGUAACAUUUUGCUUCAGUCUAACCUUAUCGAAAGGGAGCCAAUGCUGUAUAUCACACCAUAGGCUUUCCUGUUAAAUGUGUAUCAUAUUACAGUUUGCAUGAACGUUUUGGCAAGUGACAUUCCUGAAAACAUGUUGUUACUUCAGUUGCAUGUUAAUAAGCUCUUAUGCAACUUAUCUAGUCUAGACCAUCAGCAUUUAAAAUAUUUGAUUGAAACUCCCCAUUUCUAUGGUUGUGUAAAACAGUCAAGUGUAUGAAUGGGCAUUAUUGUAAAAUUUCACUGAAUUUUAUGUAAGAAAUAAAAGUUUUCGAUACAGUUAAUGACAGAAA